AUGUUAACUGGUGAUGAGGUGUCUGAGUUGGUAGAAGAUGAUGAUACGGACUCACAUAUUUCAGAUAUAAUGGAAUAUGAGCAUGAACCUGAUGAAGAGGUGCAUACUUUUGACAAAACAGUUGAUGAUGAAUUUUUGAACAAGUUGUGUGGUGAACCCAUUCUAAAUAGUAAUCAAGAAGAAGUAAAUGAUGAUGAUGAUGAAGUUAGUGAUGAAGAUGAUGAGGUUGUGUUACCUGUCUUUGAUGAGAAUCAAGAAUGGGAUAAAAUGGUCCCAGGUUUAGGUAUGAAGUUUUCCAACCCUCUUGAGUUGAAGCUAUGUCUAACCAACUUUGCCAUCAAGAAUGGAUAUGAUUUAUGGUAUACCAUUAGGCCACUGAACUGUAGUUCUAUGUGGCCUGAAGUGGAUUACACCAAACCAUUUCCUCCUAAAAAAAGAAGGCUACCUGGAAGACCAACAAUGAAAAGGAAAAGACCAAAUGAUGUACCAUCUACUUCAGGUAAAGUUGAUGUUCAAGCAGACCUUGAAGAUGAAUUGGAAGUAGAACAUACAGUUAUGUUUGUAAGUGAAAGUGAUAGUGACUUUGAAAGUGAAAGUGAUGUGGAAGCUAACAUUGAAGUGGAAGCUACAAUUGGUGUGGUACCUGAAAUGGAGGUUAACAUUGAAGUUCCUAAAGUUGAUGUGGAGGCUAACAUUAAAGUUCCUAAAGUUGAUGUGGAAGCUAACAUUGAAGUACCCAAAGUGGAUGCUAACAUUAAAGUUCGUUUAGUUCAAGAUAACAUUGAAGAAGAGAUUCAAUAUGAAGUGGAACAUGAAAUUCAAGUUAACAUUCAAGAUAAUGUGGAACAGGAAAUUCAAAACAAUGCAUAA